AUGAAGCGCUCACGCGAGCCUGAGCAAGAAGCACCCACAACCGACUCAGCAGCCACAUACGGUGAUGAGACGGGCAGUACAGCCUCUGCGCCACCGCCAGCAGUAGAUCUUCCCGCUCCAAAGAUCACCGGGCUGGAUGAGUCCGCCAUAGAUGAUACGCCUUCACCCAUUGCAAUGAGAUGCUCGCUGCCGGGCCACAAGGAGCCACUGUCUUUCAGGUCGUACGCCGAGUAUGAGGCACACUACAACAAGGCCCAUACAAACCGUUGCAACGAAUGCAGGAAGAACUUCCCAUCGGAGCAUAUUCUAAAUGUUCACAUUGAGGAAUGCCAUGAUGCUUUUGCGGCUGUGCUGAGGGAGAAGGGCGAACACACAUACUCCUGCUUUGUUGAGGGAUGUGACCGCAAAUGCGGCACACCGCAGAAGCGGCGUAUGCACCUCAUAGACAAGCACAUGUACCCAAAGCACUACUUCUUUGCGGUUUCGAAGGAGGGGAUCGAUGGCAGAAGUUCACUUCUCCUGGAAGGCGGUCACCAUCGCCGACGGUCUUCCGCAAGCCAGGCUGGUGGGUCAUAUGCAGGAGCGCGCAGACAUAGUCUUCGUCAGCCAGACACAGCGCAGGCCAGUCUAGAGGAGCGAGGACACCCAUCAAAGCAGAGCCCUGAGGAAGAAGCACCUCACGAUACGCCAGGCAACAAGGAGAGCGUUGACACCGAGAUGGCUGAUUUGGCGAGUGCUAUGUCCUCUCUUCAAUUUGUGCCCACAAGUGUCCGUUUCGGCCGAGGCAGGGGUAGAGCUGGGUUCUCCAGAACGUGA